AUUGUAUAUUUGAUAAAAUCGCUAAUGGAUGAAAGGAAAACAACGCUUAAGAUAAGGUCUUCGAAAUAACGUAAUUGACAUUUAAUAUUUAACAAAAUUCAAUUUCUGAUUUAUUAAAUAACUAUGGAUUGGAUGUACGAUGGCGGAAUAAAAGUUGAAAAGGAAGAUUAUCUACUAGGAAGAAAAAUUGAUAAAAAUGUAUUAGAUAUUCCAGAAAAAGAAUCAUUUUUACCAACACCCAUAUGUUCAAAUAAUGAUAAAUUCUCACAAGUAGAUAUAUCUAAAAAAAUUUCUGAAGAUCCAUUGGUAAAAAUUAAAAAAAGAGAGAUUGAAUGUACUCAAAAACUUCUUCAAAAUCCAAUUCGUUUAAAAAAAAACCAGCAAAAUGACAAAUCUCUUAAAUGUGCAAUUGAUGACCAUCAAUUGGAUAUGAUAUUAGUUAGCCGAUUAAAAUCAUAUGAAAAAGCUGGUCUUGAUCUUGCAAAAAUAUUGUCCAUGACAAAAAAGAAAAAACAUAAAAAAGAACAUAAAGAAGAAAGUUUUAAGGAAUCAGCUAAAGAGUUCAAUGAUAAAAAGUUUUAUUACAAGGCAAAACAACAGAGAAAUAAAUCUAAUAGCUCUGAUAGAAAUGUCACAAUGCAUAAAUCAAUAAAAUCAAAUGAAUAUAAAGAUAAUAAAUAUAGAAAAUCUAACAGAAAUAAUGAAAAAAAUGAUAAUUAUAUAGAAAGUUGUAAACAUAAUACUAGUAAUAAAAGUAAAAAAACAUAUUCUGAAAAGAAUGAUCAGUUAAAUGAUUGUAGAAGAAAUAAAAAAAAUAGAUCUAAGUCUUCAGAAGAGGGAUUACAACAAUAUCAGAACAAAUAUAAAAAUAAUCAAGACAAUAAUAAUGCAUGUAAGAAAAAUUAUUCUCAUGUUAAAAUUGAAAAUAACUCAAGAUUAAAAGAGCAUGAUGGUAGUCAUAAAGAUACUAAAUCUUAUAAAAAUAAACAUAGAUUAAGUUCAGAAAAAGAGAAGGAUUAUAAGGUUUAUAGAUAUAAAAACUACGAAGAUAAAUCUAAUAAGAGAGAUUGUUUUAAUAAUCGUUACUCUUAUGAGCAAAAAAGUAAAGGUGAUCAAAGAAGUAGAUCCAGAAGCCCAAUUUUAAAACAUAAAGAGAAAGAAAAAAAAAAUGAUAAAGAUGAUAAUUAUAAAUAUGACACUAGGUCAUCUAGUGAUUCAAAUGAUAGAAAAAAUAAAAAAAUAAAGUCUAAAUAUAAUCAUAAUUCUGAUUCUAAUUCUUCAGUUGAAAAGCAUAGUGUAAAUAAAAAUAACAUUACAAAAAGUUAUGGACUUAUAGUUCUAGGCUCUCCAAAAGAAAAAAGAAAAUCGCCCAAAAAAUCUCCAGUUCAAUCAAGAAAAUUGAAUAAUGAAAAAGCAGACAUUACUCGUCCUAAGUCACCAGUUAAAAAGAAAAAACUAACUGAAGAGGAAAUGGAACGGCUUAGAAAAGAAAUGAUGAAAAAUGCUGAAGUUAGGGAUAAAGAGAGAUAUAAUAAUGUUAAACGCUACAAAAAAAAAGAUGAAAAAGAAGAAGAAAAACAAAAGCCAUAUAGCAAAGAAUUCUUAAUUAAACAAUUGUCAUAUGCUGCAUCACAAGUUAGUGUCGAAAGAAGUAUCAAGUCUAAUGUCAAUAAAUUACAAAAAGGUCAAAGCAUAGCUGAAUAGUAGAAAUUUUGUACUUAAUUAUAGUUUAAAUUAUCUUUAAUGAUUGCAUUAUGUAAAAAAUGUAAUAUAUUCAAUAUAGUUUUUAUAAAUUUAAAUA